AACCGAAAUGGCAUGGAGUUAUCAAUCUCUUUACGAUGAGCUAUCGAGCAAUACUUCUGCUAUCAUUCGUGAUAGUAGUCGCUGCAAAAGAAAAGCAAGGUCGCUUUGGAUUCUUCAAUUCUGGCGAAGUUGACAAGCAUGGAAGGACGACAGGUUUAAUUCAACAGCCACAACAUCCAAGUUGUGUUUGUGCACCGGGACCACCAGGACCACCUGGUGCACCGGGAAAAACAGGAAUUCCGGGCGAGCCAGGAAAACCAGGCAGGCCGGGUCGGCCCGGUUAUCGCGGAAAGACAGGAAAGCGUGGCGUUACAGGCAUCCCAGGAUCUCCAGGCAAAGAUGGACCUAGAGGAUCGCCAGGACCGCAUGGAUAUCCAGGAUAUAAGGGUCCUCAAGGACCUCCAGGUCAGCGCGGAAGAACUGGACCGAUGGGACCACCAGGAGAUCCAGGUCAACCAGGGGAACAUGGAUUAGACGGGGCACCAGGAGUUCAAGGUCCACGAGGACCACCUGGAUCUCGAGGUAGCUCCGGACGACCAGGAAGGGCGGGAAGUCGUGGACCAAGUGCAGCCGAUCCUCGUCCUCGUCCCUAUCCUGAGCCACAUCCCCAUCCCCAUCCCCAUCCGUACCCUGUUCCCAUUCCACAUCCCGGAAUACCAGGCAAACCAGGUAAACCAGGACGUCCAGGCCAUCCGGGUAGACCUGGCACUCCAGGUCAUCCUGGCCAUCCAGGCCCAGGUGGAGUUCCCGGCGCUGGUGGUGGCGGAGGAGGUGGACAUGAUGGAGGCCAUGGUCACGGCGGAUCAUCAUCAUCAUCUUCAUCGUCGUCAAGCGAAAGUGGAUCUCAUAGUGGUGGACAUGGACAUGGACAUGGUGGCGGACCUCAUUGGCCUCAUGGACCUAGUUGGCCCAAUAAUCCUGAUUGGCCCCAUGGGCCAGGACGACCAAAUGGCCCCGGUUGGGGUCCGGGUUGGGGUCCCGGUAGACCCCAUGGGGGCUCUUCCUCUUCAUCAUCAUCAUCACACUCAGGAUCCUCAAGCUCUCAUUCAGGAUCUCAUUCGUCAAGCUCUCAUUCGGGAUCUCAUUCGUCAAGCUCUCAUUCGGGAUCUCAUUCCUCAAGCUCCCAUUCGGGAUCUCAUUCAGGAUCUCAUUCGUCAAGCUCCCAUUCCGGAUCUCAUUCGUCAGGCUCCCAUUCGGGAUCUCAUUCAUCAAGCUCUCAUUCAGGAUCUAGUUCAUCCUCAUCAUCGAGCGAAGAACAUCACGGAGGCGAUGGACACGGUCACGGAACUGAUCCUGGUCACGGUCAUGGAGUCGAUCCCGGUCACGGUGGUCAUGGGGGCGGCCACGGUGGUGGUGGUCAUGGAGGAGGCGGCGGCCACGGAGGCGGCGGCGGUCACGGAGGUGGUGGUGGUCAUGGCGGCGGACACGGUGGCGGAGGUCAUGGAGGCGGAGGUCACGGAGGCGGAGGUCACGGAGGCGGAGGUCACGGAGGCGGAGGUCACGGAGGCGGCGGACAUGGCCAUGGAGGCGGCGGUCACGGAGGCGGUGGCCACGGCCAUGGCGGCGGUGGUCAUGGUGGUGGUGGUCAUGGCGGUGGUGGUCAUGGCGGUGGCGGUCAUGGUGGUGGCGGUCAUGGUGGUGGCGGUCAUGGUGGUGGCGGUCAUGGUGGUGGCGGUCACGGAGGUGGUGGACAUGGAGGCGGUGGACAUGGCGGUGGACAUGGGGGCGGUGGACAUGGAGGCGGUGGACAUGGCGGUGGCGGUCACGGUGGUGGUCAUGGAGUCGAUCCUGGUCAUGGUGGCCAUGGUGGCGGCGGUCACGGCGGUGGUCAUGGAGUUGAUCCCGGUCAUGGUGGACAUGGUGGCGGUCACGGUGGUGGUCAUGGAGUUGAUCCUGGUCACGGUGGUCAUGGUGGUGGCCAUGGAGUUGAUCCUGGUCAUGGUGGUGGUCAUGGAGUUGAUCCUGGUCACGGCGGUCAUGGUGGAGGCCAUGGAGGAGAUCCUGGACACGGCCACGGCGGUCACGGAGGUCACGGCGGACACGGUGGUCACGGCGGUCAUGGACACCAUCAUAAACGCAGUCAUUCACACGCUCAUCACGGAAUCGGAUUUCCUACUCUUGCAGACGUCUCAGCAUCUCCUACAUAG